AUGGACUUUGCCGCGUUAAUGUCAAAAGAAAUUGCCAAGGCGAAACGCUCUAGCACACCAAGCUCUGGUUCAGACCAGGACGGCGCAAAGCCGCCGCAAAAGAAAUAUGCCCGCCGCGCAGAGGAGGAAGCUGCCAGAAUAGCAGCCUACAAGGAGGAACAAGCAAGACUAGAGAGAGAGCGCGAAGAACGGCAGGCGCAGAAGCGGAAGCUCGAGGAAGAAGAGGCAGAGCGACGACUGCAGCGGGAGGAGAAGAAACGACGCCUGGCUGAAGAAUCACGAAAGAAGAGAGAGGAAGAAGAAGCGGCGAAAGAACGAGAACGACGGAAGCGCAUUGGACUGCCUGAAUUGCCGCCGACACCGAGCGACAAGGACCAAACGCCUGAGAAAGAUGGAGAGGGGCAAAUGGAGGAUCUUGGUGAAGAGGAACUUACGAAGAAGCUUAGGGAGAUGGGUGAGCCUGUUUGCCUAUUCGGUGAAACCCACCGCGACCGUUUACGUCGAUACAAGAAGCUGCUUGCGCGGUCUCUGGAAGUCCAGAAGAUGUUCGAUGGGCCGAUACCGACAACGCUGGAGCCGGUCCCUGAGGUAGAAAUGAAGAUUCCAACAACGGCCCCCAAGGAUGCUGAAGGUCGUCACUUCCUGUUUCGCCAGCUCACUUCGUACUUUAACAUGGUGCUGUCUGAGUGGGAGUUUGCCCUUGCGAAACGAGAUGUCACGGUAAAGCAGAGUUUACAUGGACGGCAAGCGUACAAUGCGAUGGUGCAGUCGCGGGAGAAUAUGACGCCUCUCAUCCGAAAAUUUGAGAAGGGUGAUAUCGACGAUAACGUGCUACAGCAUAUAGUGGAGAUAAUAAGCAAAGCCCAGCAGCGAAGAUAUGUUGAUGCUAACGAUGCUUACCUGCGGCUGAGUAUUGGAAAAGCAGCAUGGCCUAUUGGAGUUACCAUGGUUGGUAUUCACGAACGUUCAGCGCGAGAGAAACUACAUCAGGGGGACAAGCAAGCGCAUAUCUUAAGUGACGAGAGUACUCGUAAAUAUCUACAGAGUAUCAAACGUUGUCUUAGCUUUGCUCAGACUCGCUGGCCCCCAGACGAUCAGCUGCAAAUUAUGGGCUGA